AUGCCGCCAAAGAAGAAGGGUGGCCGGGCGAGCACCCAAGGCGCGACGCCGGCGCGAGACGACGAUGCUAUGGAUGUCGACACACCGGCGCAGACCCCAACAGCCCCGGCGGCACCCCAACCUCCAAAACCAGUUACCGACCCAUGGACCGACGACCAGAUUGCAUCGUUAUUCAAAGGGGUCAUCAGGUGGAAGCCGGCAGCUAUAAGCGAACACUUGAGAAACCACGGCUUCGACCCCGACAUGUGGCCGCACACACGGAUUCCAGGCAUUUGGGCCAAGCUGGGCGAGUUCUACAACCUCGAGGCUAUCGACGAGCGGGAAAAUAACAUGGACCCGCCAGACGAGGAAGGCCAACCGAGGCGAUACAACGACUUCAGCCUGCCAUGGGACGAGUACGGCGAUGUGAUACUAGAGAGGGCGCGUGCGCACCCGAGCGAGGCGCCAACCAGCCCGGCUCAGUGGGACCCGAAUGCGCCUCCCGCGGAUACCAAGAAGCGGAAACGGGGCGCUGCUGAAUCGAAUUCCAGAGCUCGCAGUAGUACUGUUGAGGAUACUGAGAAUGAUACGCCGGCGAUGAGCCCGACGAGAAAGCCGGGAAGAGGAGGGAGGGCUACGAAGCGGACGUCUAGUAGAGCGCGCAAAGUCAAGGAAGAGUCUUCGUCCGAAGCGGAGAGCGCCGAGGAAGAACAAUCGGAAGAAGAGGACGAAGAGGAAGAGGAGGAAGAGACAGGCACACCGGCUUCCACCAAGGGUGGACGGGGAGGAGGAAGAGGACGUGGCGGGGGCAGAGCGAAAAAGCGUAAUGUUUUUGACGAUGUGCGCCGCUCUUCUCCGGGUCUUAAUUCAAAGGCGCCUACCCAUGUUUCCAAACGAGAGAUCGACCACAACUUCAGCAAAGCCCACCGCAUUGUUACGACAAGUAUUUUGCCCCUCGUCGAACAGUAUGGCGAGCAUUCGCGCUCAGUAUGGGAGGCCACAAAGUUUUGGAAACAAUUCUUUGAAGCCUCCGCCAACGUUUCGCUGUCGGGAUACGAAGACUUAGCUGGGGCCGACGAAAAUAGCGCAAUAACUGGCGACGAAAGUACAAUUCACCAUCAGACCGCCGAUUACACACCACGCCGUCGUAGCACCGGUGACCACGAUGUCUCCAUCGCAACGGACCAGUCAUCGGCCAUGUACCACGGAGAUGACACCCAUCAGGAGGAGUCGGCUCUCGGCGGCGACGACGACGACGACUUGACGGGCAGCACCCCACGCCCACCCGCAACCAAGACCCUCUCUGCCCGCCCGCAAUUUGCCAUCUCCUCCCCCUAUGAGAUGGUGAAGCGCGAAUACGAUAACGAAAGGCGCACCCCCGUCGGCGGUAGCUGGACACCGGACGAACCUCCCCCCGGGGCAGAGGAAGAAGAGGACACCGAGCUGCUCUUUCAGCAGCAUACCGCACGGCUCCCCAACAUGUCCAUGACCCCGCGCGGCUCGCCCGACGUCCGCGGCCUGGGGUACGGCGACGAAGAGGACGAAGACUUGGAGCUCCGCGGUGGCAGGGGUCACAACAAGAAUAACAACAAAGACCCCCUGUUGCAUCGCAUGCUCGACAAGAACUACCGCAUUGCGGCCACACCACACAAGGGCGGCACGGCCACGGGCGUCUCGCCGAUCAAGUGGAAACCCGGAGAUGUCGUUCCGCAGCUCCGAAGCGCCGUCUUCAUGUCGCCGGCGCGUGCGGUGUACAAGGCCAAGGGGAAGUGCAAGGCGCCAGCUCCUGCGGCCACCGGUCUGAGGUCCCCCGGCGUGAGCGUGCAGACGCCGGCCACGGGGCGCAAGACUAAGGAUGUAUUCGCCACUACUGGGAAGCAAGGGGCUACUUCGUCAAAGUACGAUGACGAGAUUACGUGGGACAGCGACAGCGACGGGUUUGGCGGGAUGAGCCCGCCGAAGACGAUACAGUUUGCGAUGCCGCCGUCGAAGUUGCUGCAGACGCCAGCAGGUGAGGAUCUGGAUGACCCGUCCGAGUACAGCCCGACCGUGGUCAAGAUGAACCAGGAUAUUUUGGACGAUACCUUCUAA